AUGGGUUUGAUUGAGAUCACCGUAAUUUACCGCAACCUUUAUGUUCAGGAAGACGGAAGAUGUUCUGUUCUCCCACCCGAAGUUCCGUCAGGGGUUUUGAUCACUAGUGUGAACUUCACGGCGGAUCACCGAUCUUUUAUUAAAUCGCCGCAAUCCAUUGUGACUCCUCCGGGAGAUAGCGUCAAUUUUGAAUGCCAAACGGAUCCUCCCGCGGACAAGUAUACGUGGUUGAGAAAUGGUAUUUUACUGGAGAACAGCACCAGUACAAAAAUAAUCGAUGGAUCAUUGAAUAUUAAGCUGGGUAUUCAUUUCGAGGAGUAUGACAAGCAGCUUGGUGACUAUCAGUGUGUCGCGUGGUUUGGAUCCAGUGGUCUUGCUUCCGUUGCCGGUACGCUGGAUCUCGCCCAGUUACUCCCUUUCCCUAGCCCUAAUGGCCAAGAGAAGAAACUAGCUGUGAUUGAGGGCAAUGCAGCCGUUAUCAAAUGCCAAGCCCCAUUUUCAAGGCCUCAAGCAACGAUAACGUUCUACAAGGAAGGCGCCGUUGUUUUUCCCGACGGAGAUAAUGGAAAUCUGAUCAUCUACGAUCUUCGGAUGAACGAUACUGGAUCUUAUACGUGUUCAGCGCACAAUCACAUCACGAAUCAAGUUCAAAUGGCGAACGUGAAUUCAUCGCUCAAAGUGGUCAAUACUCCGUAUACCGUUCAACCAGCUUUUAAAGUGAAGCCACUCGCUCUGAAUCAUGUGGUUCGAGGAUCUAACCUCACGUUGGAAUGUGUUGCUGUGGGUAAUCCUCCGCCGAAGGUCAAGUGGACGAAAUAUGGAGAAACCUUGAACAUGAAUCGACAUAUGUUAUUGAGGUCAAAUUUGAAACUUGUUAAUAUUCAAAAAAGUGACGAAGGCUCGUAUAUCUGCGAGGCGGAAAACGUGAAAGAAACGCCGGUGAUAUCUGUGCCGCCGUUGGACACCAGUGUCAUUGAAGAUCAAGAAGUAACAAUGACAUGCCUUGCGAAAGGUCGUCCCAGCCCAAUUAUAGACUGGGUAUUCAAUGGUCGUGAUGUCAGAACAUUGAGUGGUGUUCGUGUCUUCGAAAACAAGCUCGUAAUUUACCGGGCAAAGAAAGAGCAUGCCGGAAUUUUCCAGUGUUUCGCGAAGAACGCGUACGGUGUGGAUACUUCGCCGGCGUUUUUGUUCGUUCAGCCUCGAGGUGUGACAUCAUCAGAUGAUCUUGGGAGCAAAGUGGAGAAGGGUUCCGACCGCGGUAAUCGUCGAGGGAAUGGAAAGGGUAAAAGGCCCGGAAGACGUCCCUCUGGCCCAAAUGUCUCCUCAGACGCGAUGGAACCGCCAUCCCGUCCUAACGUGACCAGACUCACUGACGAAUCCGUUAUGCUCACCUGGGAAAUGCCGGUUACCGUUGGGGCAUUGCCAAUUCAAUUUUUCAAAAUCCAGUAUAAAGCUAUGCGACGCCGCACGGCCUGGCGAACCUUGGACGAAGAAAUUCCACCUCACAUUCGUUCGUAUGCCGUGCCUGGUUUAGAAAAUGGACAGCGAUAUAAAUUCCGCAUUCUCGCCGCAUAUGCAAAUAACGAUCAUUCUGUUGGUCCUACAUCAAAGCGAUUUCUGCUUGAAGCUGACUCAUCGGACGAUCGGCCGACCCAUCCUCCGAGGAUUGUGGAUUCCACUGCCCUCGGAAAUGAUUCAUUGGAAAUCCAGUGGGAGUACAAUCAAGCAGAAAAGUCUAUUGAAGGCUUCUUCAUCUACUACAGAUCAACAACGUCUGCUGGAGAUUAUCAAAAGGUCACCGUGAUGGGUUCUGCGUGGCGAUCGCAUAUUUUGCGGCAUCUUGAACCCGGGACGACGUACGACAUAAAGAUCCAAGCCUUCAAUGUUGGUGGGCCGUCGAGCUUUUCUGGGCUCAUCACAGCGAAAACGAGAGAUUACAAUCACGGAAACGAUUCUUCUGCGUCCAACGAUCGACGCGGUGAUGCUGUUUUCGGUUCUGCCUUCGAUGACGAAAAAAGGAACUUCGGACUUCCGACAGAAUUCCCUCUGACAGCGAUGGUUGGAGCUGUAAUCGGAGCCAUUUUGUUCCUGAUCGCUGUUCCUUGUGCAAUUGCGUACUGUCGGCGACGCAUCAACAGUCCUGGUGCUAAUGAAGAAACAGAGUCCAAAUUUCGAGAAUUUCCAGCGGUUGGUCCACCUGAAGGUGAACCGAUGCGUAUUCAUGAGUCGAGGCGGAAUGGCCAUAAUGGACUAAUGGCGAAUGGCCUGCGUCCCGUCAGCGCUGUUGUGGGUUUCAGUCCGAUCUCACUGUCGCCGAGCAACCCUGUUUCAGCAAGUUGUGAUCACUUGGAUUCUCCCAGACGCCCUCUAGAAACACUUGAAAGGGUCAACGGGAUUCAAGAGACAUCAUUUAUGCUCAUCCCUCCUAGUGCACACCCUUCACAUGCUUCAAUGUAUCAGUCUUAUCCUGAUCGUCAAGAGUCGUGCUCAACAUUUUUGCCUGCGGCAGCUGAGCAGUCUGUAUCUACCCCACCGCGAAGGCGCGACUGGAGAGUAAUUGACUCAUCUCCUUCGGAGAUUGAAGCUUCUUGGGCGUCGCAACAGUUGUUGUCCUUACCGGACGAUCCUUCGAGCACCACCACUGUAGAGGGGGACGACAGCAGUAUCGUGUGGCGACGUGAUGAGCGUCGUUCGAGUCAACAAAAUAUUCGACCCAUGUCUUGGAGGAAUGAUAGACGACGGUCGAGGGAUAGCGUCCGACUGAAAAGAGAAGAAGUAUCAUGAAGCGUCGUGUAAAUUUUCAGGGAUUUUCGUGACCUUGUAUGAUCCAGCAUUUGAGUAUGUUUCGCUUCCUAGUGAAAGUGGAGUGCUGUUUUUUAAUACUGUACUAGUAACGAAAAAGGAAAGGAGUUAAGAUUUCGCAGUGUCAUGUCGGAAUUUAACUAUGUGCCAAAUGACCCAGUUGUUGGUUCGCGGUCAUACACAGCUUCAAAUUUUUUUUCGAACCGAAAGUUCGCCAACUUUUUUUUAAGGUUUCGAACGUGAUCGAAAUUGCUUCAUAGUAUGAUUUUAGGCAAUCGUGAUGCGGGAAACGUUUGAUGUUGGCGAUAAGUCCGCGUGAACUUUUUGUAAGACGUGAGAAACUGUUGGAAUUUCAUUUGCCUUCUUCCAAAUCUUGAAAAUUUUGAAAGAAUGCGCGGCCGUGUGAAUUCACAGUAACCAAAUGUUCAAAUUUGUAUGUGAGGAUUUCAUUGGGAAAGCAAGGUAAGUUUCAAAUAUAUUUGUUGAGCAAUUUUUAGAAGGUCUAGGAAAUUCGUCUGAACUUUAUACCCGCGUGGAGUUCAUUUCUCGUUGACGUUUUAAAAUUUAAAAAUAUUGUUUGCUAGUUUGUUUGUGGAUCUGGGAGUUGUAAGUGAUGAUUAUAAUCUGAACAUUCAGUUCACUAGAAAGUUAUUGGUAGUUUGUGAUCGUUCGUAACCCUGACAAUCGAUUCUUCACGAGUUCCUCAAUCCAUGAAGGAUUUCAAAGUCUCGUUUCUGUGAAUUAUUUGUUUCCUUGAGUCUCUUCUUGUUGUUAGAUCUUCGUUUUCUGAAAAUUGUAUUUCAAGUUUUUUUUUAAUUGUGUUUUGAUCGCGAUCGACUGAAAUUAUCAAGUUCUUAGUGUUGAACUAUUCUGCUGCAUUGCUACCUUCUGGGAAAGUGCCAUGUCUUCGUGUCAUGUUGGAGAAACUUGGCAUUGGAAGUUGAUAUUCUCGAGAGCGCAUGAAAUGUUUUUUGUGCGUUUUAGAAAUUUUAAGGCAAACGAGGCGAAAUUUGAGUCUUCUACUGCUCAACCAUGGAGCACGGAACAAAUAAGAUUCCUCGGAAAUUCCACGUGCCUUUGCAUAGUGAUUUGGAUCCCGAGCAUCGUUGCAUUUGUUGAUAUUGUUUGUUUUUGUUUUGUUCGUACUGACGACGGAAUUUGAAAGUGGGAAAGCGUACUUAAUAUAGUAACGAUAAUCGUUUUUACGAUCUGUGAUGAACUUACGGACUUCAGAUCUUUUAUGUCGAAAUUUUUUGUUUUGAGGCAACUUGUUCGUGCAGUCUACCUCUUUUGAGCGCAGGCUGCUUUUGCGCUCCACAAUGUCGGGGGGGGGGGGGGGGGGGUUGUUUUCAUUUGAGAAAUGUUUUUGCUCACUAGAUUUUUCUUUCUGGGUGUUCACCCGCAUGUCUGCCUUGUUUUGUUUUUCGGAAAAAUAUUGUUGAACUGGGGGUCGACGUGGAACUUGUCCGCGGUUUUUGUAGGCUUACCGAAUCUCCUGUUCGCUGUUCGAAUCAGUUCUCCUGAGCUCUCUUGUCAGCUUUUCCAUUUUUCGGUAUUGGAAAUGGAACGAUUGAGAUAGGGAUGUUUCAGUGGCGUUUUUGUGAUCACCGUUUUUCGCAAUAUUACUGAGAAUUCUUCUCGUGGAAUAGUAUGAUUUAACGCGUU